AUGGCUGACAGGAUAUUUCCUAAUGAGAACUCAUCUGUGUGGGAGAUGGUGAGUGAGUGCACAUUUUCUCCAAAGUUCAGAGAGAAUCAAUCCAACUGGUUCCCAGACACUCCCACCAUAAAACCCACAACAGUACCUUGGGGCACUCUGGUUCAUGGAAUGUCCUCAAGACACACUUACGUAACUGCUCUUCUAGCCAAAACCACCAUCAUCCGAAUAAGCAUUAUGUUAGUCACAAUCGUAUCCAAAAACCGUUAAGAAACAUCCAAAAUCAUAGAAUCAGAUUAUUUCACAUAACCUACAGACCACAAACUUCCAUUGAGAAAGGAGUUUUAAAAAGGUAGGCCGAGUGCCACGUUUAUAGCUUGCAUUUUACUUCCUCCCUGUGGAUAAUGAGGGGAAUGCACAACGAAAUUAAAUCAGUGGGAUGCCCGCGCGCUCUCCCUCUUGAUGCGCGCCGACAUUACGCACGCCUUCAUUCACACAGCUACUUGCUCAACAUUAUAAGACGCUCAAGUGCGGAUACUUUACGAGGUAAAAUAAUACAAUUGCUUCAUAUUUUUCAUUUUUAGACCGUGUAAAAAAACUAACAAGGCUGACUAAAGUAGACAGCAUAUCCUUGUCUUUGGCUUUGUUCCGUUUUCCCUUCUCAACAACCUAUUGCUAUGGCAUCUCUCACUCGGAGAGAGAAGGAGAGAUGUCCCACAGCAGGGAACCGAAAGUAUUGGGUAAGGGACGCUCGAUUCAAUAUCAUUAUUAUUAUUUCUUUACAUUCAGUAUUUAUCUUAAGUUGUUUAGAUAGUGGGUUGCACAGUUCUAGUAUUUACUUAUUAUUUGAUGACUCAUAGGCUUUUAAAACAUCAGGUUCAAUUUAUGUUAUGAUGAUGUCAUGGUUAUUUUAUUCAGUUAGCAGUUUAUUAAGGUGCUUGCAUUUUUGCAUUUCACAGACAGAUGCGCCUCAAUGUAAAUCAACCAGAUUCUACUCUGAGACUGGGAGCGGGACAGUACUACACGAGGACUGUCAAUCAACAGACCGCCCCUCUCCAGAGGGUGCAGGGUCCAACACCGACCCUCAUGGAGUUCCGUGGCCAAAAACGGAUGUCCCAUCCCGAGGGUCUCUGACAGGACCCUGCGCCGGUUCCGGAGGACCUGUGAUUACCAGUGGAUUUGACACUAUUGGACCCCCCGUGGUGGGAAGUUGGAGCGUUCGGAAAUCUGACGGAAAAGUUAUUUGUGAGCAUUGCACGGCGACUGUGGCUGCACUAAAGAGACAAGCACUGAGCCUCGUCAUUCCUCAAUAUAUCUCAUGCAAGGUAGGCUUAUCAAUACAUCACUUUCUAUGGAAAUGUGUUUUAUGCAGUAAGCAGUAGCAUGCAUUCAUUGUAGUGAUACAAUAUACUUUGGGGAUAAUUUAAGGGGUUUGAAUUGAAAUGGUCAGAAAAUGUGAUUUAGAGGAUUAGCCACAGAUUUGAGGUUUUGCCACGGAUUUGAGCUGCCUUAACAAAGCCUAAUCCAAAUGGUCACAUAUUUUUUUCUUCUUCUAUUGCAUCUGAUUUGUAGCAGACAUCAGUUCCAGUCAUUGAGCUGACUCAUAGGCUAACCCUAGAGUGAACUGAGAUUAAUAUUUUAACAAAGCAACUCAUGUCCCCUUCAGACUUCAUUACCAGAGGUACAACGAAAACAUUUGCUUUACUCUCCUAUGAGAGGAAUAUGAAAUAGAACAGGAAGUUUUCAAAUGAACCACAGGCCAUUAUGUGGAGAUACUACCUCAUUGUUCAGACAGAGACAGUCAGUAGAAAUCUGAUAAUGGCUUCUUGUAGUGUAUUGAUUUCCAGACCAGGGCCAUGAUGAAAUCUGACCUGUUAUGAAUCCUAAAGAAAAUACAGCUCGAUGACAGCCUGGUUCCAGAUCUGUUUGUGCUGUUUAGCCUCCUCCUACACUCUUAGAAAAAAAGUGCUAUCUUAGAACCUAAAAGGGUUCUUCAGCUGACCGUAUAUUGUAGGAGAACCCUUUGAAGAACCCUUUUUGGUUUCAAGUAGAACACUUUUAGUUCCAGGUAGAGCCCUAUUGGGUUCCACGUAGGACCCUUAUCUCAGAUGUUUCUACAUGGAACCCAAAAGUGUUCUACAUGGAACCAAAAAGGGUUCUCCUAUGGGGACAGCAGAAGAACCCUUUUGGAACCCUUUUUUCUAAGGGUGUAUGGUCGUUGUUUUGCCUGGUCCUAGAUCAGUUUGUCUCUUUGUUAAGACAAACACACAACCCAAAGUUUGGCUAUACAGCACAAACAUAUCUAUUACCAGGCUAGGUCUCUGAUGGCUCAAGUUUUGGGUUGGAGUUAGUUUGGGCACAUCUGCGUUUUUCUGGUUGACUUUGUUUUAUGCAAUAGUACAGUAGUCUGGGAUUUGGGUCAUUGACAUUAGCAGCUUGCGGGAGAAAGGUUUUGGAAUGGAAGUUCAGGGAGGACAAGGGCACAGAAACUUAUGACAGACCUUACAUCAGACAUAACCUAUGACAGAUGCUAUUAUGAUGAUUGAUUCUGAAAGUCAAUAUAGGCCUACUUGGUACCAUGCCACAUUUGGAUAGUUUCCUCAAUGACAGACUGUCAUCAAUGACAAUUAAUUAUAAAAGUUUUCCGCUUUUGUAAUUCACUGUGAUGUUUGUUGUUUUUGUGAUUGAAUUGGACUCAAUGCAUAGAACCAUACUGUACAUUCCCUUUACAUCCAUUCUAUAGGACUCCACCUUGUCAGCCUAUCUCCACGACAACCUCCAAGCCCACAGCGGUACCAUAGACGUCUGGGCUGUGGAGGAGGAGCAGAGUGUCUGUGACGUCUGUGGUGCCCACCUGAGCCAGCUGAAGCAGGAGGCCAUCCACCUGAUCCUAGCCAGGGAGGAGCGUGCCAAGUGGGCCACUCCAUCUACCGCCAAGCCCCUUCCUGGAUCAACCUCCACCAAAGCAGCACCAUCUAGCCCCCGCCUCUCAGCCUCUUCCAGGAUCCAUAGCUCCCCUGCCAAGCCCUCCCCUGGACCUCGAUCCGCCACCUCCACAGCACCACCUAACCCCCAUCUCUCAGGCUCCACUAGGAUCCAAAACCCCCAGAAGACCCACCCUAGGAGGAUCCUGAAGCCCACCCCAGCUGAGAUGGAUAGAUGGGUUGAGGAGCAGCAGCAUCUAGCCUCCUGCAUAUCAAUGUCCAGCAAUAACAGAGUCACCAUCUUCCCCUACCAGGUACUGUACAUCUAAAAGCCUACAGGUUGUAUAUCAUAAGAUUGCCUUGGUAUCACAAUAGCUAUUUUUUAUUAUGGAGUCUAAUGGAGGCUAUAUCAAUAUCAUGAACCAUGACACAUCCCGUAGCAGGUAUUGUAUAUCUAUAAGCCUACAAGCUUGACAUUGCGCGCUGAUAUGCCUGUAGUAGCCUCCUUUAUUAUGGCUUAUUAUUGAUUCUAAUGGAGGAUACAACUACAGUAUAUCAGGGAAAAUCAUGACACAUCCCCUGCCUGUCUGCACAUCCUUAUAUGGGCGUCGCUAUCUGUAAGGACUGAGGAGAGGAUGCUCUUAUAGAGAGAGUUGUCACUGUCAACCUGUGAUUCACAGAUGAGGAGAGGAGAGGGGAGGAUAGGAUAGGAGGAGAGGAGAGGGGAGGAGAGGAGAGGGGAGGAGGGAAGAGGAGAGGGGAGGAGUGGAGUGGAUGCUCUCAUAGAGAAUGUUGUCACUGUCAGAUUUGAUUGACGCCGUCCGAUCAGCCCCAAUUAGAUCCUGAGAAGUGAACAUUUGCAACCUUAUCGCUAAUGGAGGGAAUUGGGUUGUGAUUUAUUUCCCGUCAUAAAACAGCCAGUCAAAAAGCAGGCGGCACGAUGAUCAAUAGCCUGGUCAUAUUUAACGACUGGUGAAAUAUGUGUAGUGCAGUAUUGUAGCCCCCACAGGGCUAUGCGGUAAAUACAGCCGGUACGAAAGUGGAUGGAUGGAAGCAUUUAAGGAGCCUAGAGUAGGCUACAGUAGCCAUAGGGCUUCUACCAUAGGGCUUUGGUCAAAAGUAGUGCACUUUAUAGGGAAUAGGGCACCAUUUGGGAAACAGCCUAUAUCUCCUUCAGUGCAUUGUGGCUAAUGAAGUGAAGUGGUCUCUGGUCUAUCAGCUUCUGGCUGUGGAGUGGCUGUCUGGCUGAGGACUAGCCUGAUCACAGAUCAGUUAUGGUUGGCAUAACAACGACCAUAGGAGUUGGCUGUAUAGAGCACAAACAGAUCUGGGACCAGGCUAGCUGAGGACAACUGCCAUAGUCUAUUAGACAAUAUGCAAAGCAGAGCAUAUUAUACAAGCGUAUAUGUGUUAUUAGGUAGGUUUCCAUCCAAUUGCCGACAGAUUUUCAUGUGAAUAUUCAAAAAUAUGCAUUAAAGACAAUAUGCAAAUGUUUCCCAACAGUGGUGUGUUUCCACAAAACGGACUUGUUGCAGAUAGAAAUCAGUGCGUGAUGACGUAGUGCACACAAAAUGUACUUUUCGCUGAAGUUUGUAUGUACCGAAUAAAAAUCUAAAGUUCAGUGUGUUUCCAUCGCAUUUUCAACUCUACCGACAGUUUUGUCACAAAACUGUUGUGUGAAAUAGCAAAUGUGCCUACUAUGGUCUGGGCAUGUGCGCUCUAGCUAACAGCUUGCAGAUACAGUGUGGGAAGGCUAGUCUACAUUAUGAGAUUAUGGAUAAGAGCAAGAAUGCUUUUAUUUGUCAAAACGGCAGUCAAGCGUCGUUCAUCAUGUCACCAGAAUAAGACCCUCAACAUUUAUUGCAAAGGAGCAUCAAGCUCAUAUCAUGCACUUUCACCGCCCUGUGAAGUUCAUCAUAUCUUAUUUCCUCUGUAGCCUAAUAAACUGCAUGGUUUCCCGAGUUGUAGUGGGAGGACCACACACCACAUCAUCGCGUGACUCCAAGUUUACUUUGAUAUGAUGGUUAUUAUAUCAAUAUUUGCGCAUAAAGGUGUUUCCACCGCUAUUCCACGCAUAACUAAUUUUACAGACACAAAAGAUCCCACCAUGUCGAACGAACAAAUGAUCUGUCGGCAUUUAUAAAAUUGUACUGAAACUUCCUGUUUCCCUCCCAGCUGUUGUGAUUUUUUUUAUAUGGUAUGACUUCACUCGCAUAAAAACUGUGGAUGGAAAUGUGGUUAUUGAUGUGUUUUCAUGUGAUAUUCCACUUGGAGGAAGCAGAGCAAAUGUCAGUCAAAGCUAAGGUGACCUCAUGGUAAUGGAAGUGUUUCCACCAUUCCAGUUUGAGAUAGAAGAGAGGAUGAGGAGAGGGACAGAGAGAGAGAGGGGUGAAGACAAAAGAGAAAGAGAGAGACAGAGAGGGGGGAGGUGAGAGAGAGAGAGAGAGAGAGAGAGAGAGAGAGAGAGAGAGAGAGAGAGAGAGAGAGAGAGAGAGAGAGAGAGAGAGAGAGAGAGAGAGAGAAAAAAAAAUAGCAAGAGAGAGAUCUUCGGGGUGUGGGGGACAGGGGGUUCAGAGUCAGAAAGGAGGGGUAUAAAAAAAAUAAGAGUAGAGGUAGAACUUUUCCACCCCCCCAUUUCAUUCCAGAUGUUAGCCAUGCCCCAGGGUGCCUCAUGGCUCUAAUUGGCAUUACAUGGCUGGAUGUUUCCUGUGGCAGUAGCAAUAAAGGGAGGAGAACAGGGUUGUUAUCUUGCCCUAAAAAGCUGAAACAUUGAUGAGACAAUAGAGCUGCAGAGGGGGACACUAUAAAACAAGACUCUGGCUGUCGCUUUCGCUCGCGGCCAAGCUCUGUGACUUCAUUUCAGUAGAUAUACAGAGUAGGGAGUAGGCCAAAGCGUACUCUCAAACGCACGCACGCACGCACGCACGCACGCACGCACGCACGCACGCACGCACGCACGCACGCACGCACGCACGCACGCACACACACACACACACACACACACACACACACACACACACACACGCACACACACACACACACACACACACACACACACACACACACACACACACACACACACACACACACACACACACACACACACACACACACACCCUAGGGCUGGAGGGAAGGGAAAGCAGGGUUGGGUUGAAGAGUCAGACUCUUCAUGCACAUCCUCGGGGUAUGUGGUGUGUAAUAGUCAGAUGCAGUGCGGUCAGAAUAGGUUUAGUAGUGUUUCUGAGUCUGAUUGUCUGAGUCAUGUCUCCAUUAAACCCUGGAACUAUGUGUCCCAUGUGUGACACUACUAGUCUAUAUGUAGAGCAAAUGAUGAAUGUCCCAUUUACCUAAUGUGCUUUCGUUCUAAUGCCCCACAUCCACAGAUUAACCACUGAUUCUUCUCUUGGGUUGCGUUCCGAAUGGCAGCUUUCCCUAGAGCCUUAUGGGCCUUAGUCAAAACUAGUGCACUAAAUAGGGAAUAGGAUGCCAUUUUGGAUUCAUCCUUGGUCUAAUUACUCUACUUCUAUGUGAUCUGUGUAAGAGAAUGUAGUCAGGAUCUUGGUUGAUAUCAAAGUAAAAUGCCUUUAUCAAACUAAUUUAUCUUCAAGCUAAUCUAUUUCAUAGUCUACGUCCCAACUCACACCCUAUUCCCUAUAUAGUGCACUACUGAAAGGCCCUGAUCCAAAGUAGUGCACUAAAUAGGGAAUAGGGUGCCAUUUAGGACGCAACCAUUGCCUUGUCCUAUACGAUGUGCUGUUGGCAACUCUUCUAUCAUUGCCAAGCCGUACUUUGGCAUGACAUUGAACGAACACAAAGAGGAGUUGGCUAAUAGCCGAAACAGGCUGGACCCCCAGGCUAUGGAUAUUCUAAUACAGAUGAUCAUUCUACUUCUCUCCAGUUUUCAGAGGAGUUCUCAGAGGGACAGAAUGAGACUGUGGCUGUCCAGAGCAGUCCAAUGGCUCCUGCAGUUUUCUCCUUUCUGGUCAGGUACGUGUAAAACUAGUCAGUUAGAUGUCUACAGAGUAGACAUGGGUUCCUGCAGGUCGUUUUUUUUAUUGAUUAAUAAAAAGUCUUACAUAAUCAUUCUGAAAUUGAGGAUGUACCUACUGUAUUUUUGAAAUGUCCACAUCCUAUUUUUCCACAGGGCAGCCCAGAAACUGAGCCUGACGUCGAGAAGGAAGGGCCAAAUGUCCGCCCCCUCUCCUGUGUCUCCUCCCCCCCAUUACACCACCUGCUACAGGGACAUCAUCCAGAGGUCUCCACCCACAGUCCCCACCUGCCUCCUUCAAGCUGCCAACCGACUCAAAGACGCACCCAACAUUGGCAAGGUAACCAACUGUACUCAGUUGUUCACCUGGGUUUUGACCAACCAGAUCGUUAUUGUAAAAGAGAAUUUGUUCUCUUUGACUUACCUGACUACACUGAACAAAAAUAUAAAUGCAACAUGCAACAUUGUUUUUAUAUUUUACCUAGUUACAGCAUAUAAGGAAAUUAGUAAAUUGAAAUAAAUUCAUUAGGCUCUAAUCUAUGGAUUUCACAUGACUGGGAAAACAGAUAUGCAUCUGUUGGUCACAGGUACCUUAAAAAAAGGUAGGGGUGUGGAUCAGAAAACCAGUCAGUAUCUGGUGUGACCACCAUUUGCCUCAUGCAGCGUGACACAUCUCCUUCGCAUAGAGUUGAUCAGGUUGUUGAUUGUGGCCUGUGGAAUGUUGUCCCACUCUUUAAUGGCUGUGUGAAGUUGCUGGAUAUUGCGGGAACUGGAAUACGCUGUCGUACACGUCGAUCCAGCGCAUCCCAAACAUGCUCAAUGGGUGACAUGUCUGGUCAGUAUGCAGGCUAUGGAAGAACUGGGACAUUUUCAGCUUCCAGGAAUAAAUGUACAAAUCUUUGCGACAUGGGGCUGUGCAUUAUCAUGCUGAAACAUGAGGUGAUGGCGGCGGAUGAAUGGCACGACAAUGGGCCUCAGGAUCUCGUCACGGUAUCUCUGUGCAUUCAAAUUGCCAUCAAUAAAAUGCAAUUGUGUUCGUUGUCUGUAGCUUAUGCCUGCCCAUACCAUAACUCCACCGCCAGCAUGGGGCACUCUGAUCACAAUGUUGUCAUCAGCAAACCGCUCGCCCACAUGGCGCCCACACGGUUAGGUCAAGACCCUGGUGAGGACGACAGGCAUGCAGAUGAGCUUCCCUGACGGUUUCUGACAGUUUAUGCAGAAAUUAUUCAGUUGUGCAAACCCACAUUUUCAUCAGCUGUCAGGGUGGCUGGUCUCACAUGAUCCCGCAGGUGAAGAAGCUGGAUGUGGAGGUCCUGGGCUGGCGUGGUUACACGUGGUCUACGGUUGUGAGGCCGGUUGGACGUACUGCCAAAUUCUCUAAAACAACGUUGGAGGUGGCUUAUGGUAGAGAAAUGAACAUUCAAUUCUCUGGCAACAGCUCUGAUGGACAUUCCUGCAGUUAACAUGCCAAUUGCACACUCCCUCAAAACUUGAGACAUAUGUGGCAUUGUGUUGUGUGACAAAACUGCACAUUUUACAGUGGCCUUUUAUUGUCCCCAGCACAAGGUGCACCAGUGUAAUGAUCAUGCUGUUUAAUCAGCUUCUUGAUAUGCCACACCUGUCAUGUGGAUGGAUGAUCUUGGCAAAGGAGAAAUACUCACUAACAGGGAUGUAAACAAAUUUGUGCACAAAAUGUAAGAGUAAUAAGCUUUUUGUGGGUAUGGAACAUUUCUGGGAUCUUUUAUUUCAGCUCAUGAAACAUAGGACCAACACUUUACAUGUUGUGUUUAUAUUUUUGUUCAGUAUAAAUAACUACUUUUUAAAGUGUUUCCAGAGUCAUUAAGCAAGUGAGAGUGGUUGUGUCGAGGAGUGAAGAAGAUCCUAUAUCGGCACUCAUAAUACUACCCCCAUCUUUAUGAAAUGCUAUAAUGUGGUGUUAAUGCCCUUUCUGUUUCUGCCCUCCCCUCUGGGGUAUACUGUAGUGGAAAUCAAUAUGGCUGCCCUCGUGUUUCAUAGACGAUCGGCUUGGGCUGGUCUAGAGUUACAGAUAACAGGCCUCCAUCCCAUCCCUCCAUCCCACCUGCACUCAGCCCAGAACAAUGCAGGGAGAACCUCUCUCUCUCUCUCUCUCUCUCUCGCUCUUUCUCCCCUCUCCCUUUCUCUCUCCGGUUCUCCUUCCCCCCUUCUCGCUCUGUCUCUCCCCCUCUCUCCUCUAUGUCAGUAUAUGGCUUCUUGAAUAAUUCAGCCCCCAUAAAUAUAGCGUGACACAAGCUCAAUAGAAUGGAGUCAGGGUAGGAGUUACAAAGCAAGCCUCCCUCCAACAGAUAGUAGACAGACUAGCUACCAUCACUUGCUUUUAUUAUGAUUCAUCAUCAUAAUCAAGGCUGAUGGAUUAUGUCCAGGGUUUGGUAGGUCACAUUCUAAAUGUAAUCUGUUACAGUUACAAGUUACCUGUCCAAAAUUGUUAUCAGUAACAUAGCUUUAGGAUUACCCAAAGUAACGUAAUCUGAUUACUUUCAUUUACUUUUAGAUUACUUUCCUUUAAGCGGCAUUAGAAGAAGACAAAAAUGAAUAUUACCAAUUGAACGACAUCUAUUACAAGAUAAGUCAAUGUUAGAGUUUACAUAGCUGGCCAGAAAUGGAUGUUGGGUUAUGUAGGCUUCUGACCCAUUGCUUUCUACUUCAAUACAGAUAAUAAAACGAUUAGGCUAUAUAUUUACAUUAAAAUCUAGUCUGUCAGAUUUACAGUCAUUUCAAUUAAUUAAAAACCCAUUGAUCUUCAAGAAUAGACUUGGAAAUAUGGAAAUAUAGUGUCAUAAGCGUCAGUGAAAUGCGGUGGGCGAAGUCAAACGCAGGACAGAGAGCUUACUGGAAACGUACUUUACUAGAAAGUAAACUGGGUACAUACAACCUCCACACAGGGAGGACAAUAACCCGCACACUAACGACUGCCGAUGACGAAAAUACAAUCACACACAACACACAAUGAAAGACAGAGGGUUAAAUAGGGAAGACAAUACAACAUAAUGGGAAACAGGUGUAGACAAUCAAGACCCAACAAGUCAAACACAGAAACAUAGAUGGUUAGGUUACAUUCUAAAUGUAAUCCAUUACAGUUACUAGUUACCUGUCCAAAAGAGAUCUAAGUGGCUGUUGAGGUCUUAGCUAACUUAACAUAGAACCUCUCAUAGCCUUUAAAUCCACUGUGUUUCCAGUAGAUCUAAGUUAAUGUCUGGACCAGCAGAAACCUGUUAAUGUGGCGUUCCAACUCAGGAUAUAUAGGAUGUAGCUACAUGAAUUAAUAAUAAUUGAUCAUUGAUUAGAUUUAUAUAGUGCUUUUACAGACACUCAAAGAGUUGUUAAAACUUAACAGCAUAGAAUUACAUAGACUCACUACACUGAAUUAUAGGAUCUCAAUGCUUUAUAGUACAUAAGUGUAAACUGUGUAGCCUAUAAUAACAAUUACUACAGUUAUAUCCCCUCUCUAACACUAGUCUAUGGGUGUUUAAGUCAGAGCGAUAGACACUUUGCUUUUAUCUGUUCAGGUUGGUAUAAAAGAGACACCAUCUCACAGGGGUGAACAGCAGUAUGCUGCCUUUUUGUCGCUAUUUACCAGUGACGUUUGAAAUCUCUCCUCAGUUGCCUAGCGGUGCGAUAUCCCUAUUUUGUUUAGCUUAACGUCUUCUUACACCUAUUUCAAAGGAAACAUAUAAAUAGCAGUGGAUAGAAGGAAAUAGAAUCAGGAAAGCUGGGAAACUCAUAGUGUUUAAUGCGACUGCUGUGUCUGUCAUUUCCAACCUGCUUUAAAAGAACGAGAACAUCCUGCCUGUGACCCAUAUUGACAGCUGCUUUGACUAUUCUACGAUCACAUCUGAUGCUUUAGAUAUUAUUGUUUAGGAUUUAGAUUGUUUAAUAAUGCAUGGAUUUUUAUGCUUUCCUUCUUGGUUCUAUCAGUUUUAUUGUGUGUAGAAAAUGCUUUUACUGGUGUUUUUCCCCAAAUGGAAUAUUUAAAUACUCAUUUAGCUUCCACCAAACCUUUUAGAAAAUGCUCUUUACAUGAAGUUACCUGUAGAUCUUGACUUCGAUCUUAUUUAUUGUAAAAACUAGACAAAUACAUUUAAAAAAAAGUAUUAUUCAAGUUGAAUCUCCAUUAUUCAAGUUGGAUAAUGAAGAUUCAAGUUAAGACUUAUGGUAAAGUCCUAACUUGAAUCUUUAUUUUCCAACUUGAAUAAUGGAGAUUCAACUUGAAUAAUCUUUUUUUUUUUAAAGUGAAGACUGGGGGUCAGCCUGACCAAAAUACUCAGUAACCUCCUCCAUAUAGCCUAACUCUCUGUCACGCCCUGACAUAGAGAUCUCUAGUUGGUUUGGUCAGGGUGUGAAUAUCUAUGUGAUGAUCUAGAAUGUGUAUUUCUAUGUUGGCCGGGUGUGGUUCCCAAUCAGAGGCAGCUGUCGAUCAUUGUCUCUGAUUGGGGAUCAUACUUAGGCAGCCAUGUUGCCUACCUUAGUUGUGGGAUCUUGUUUCUAUUAUGGGUUGGCUUGGCUUGUUGUAUGUGUAGCUUCGUGAACUUCACAUUCUGUUGGAUUUUGUUAUUUAGUCUGUGUUUAUAUAAUAAACGACUAUGUACGCAUACCACGCUGCACCUUGGUCCGAUCCUUUACACAACGAGCGUGACACUCUCACACACUCACAUGCACACAUGCACACUCACAUUAAACAAAACAGAUAUAAAUAUAUUUUCUUGAUUACUGAUCAAUUCAUUUAUACAUUUAUAAUUAGUAGGCUUUGUUACCUGUUUUAACAAACCUUUUUUAUUUUUGUAGUUAUUUAUUGUAUAUUGUUUUUUUGCGGUGUGGUUUUCAUAUAAACCCUUGGGCUUCCAACCACACCUGCACACCGUUUAUUUUAUUUUAUUUGUUUUUAUCUGUAUUGUUGUCUAUCACUUGUUUUCUUUGGCGCAAAUAACUAAAUACAAAAUAAAAUAAAAGACAUAACUUCAUGCAUACGGUAUAAUUUCCCUUAUCCACUCAACAUCUAUUCAUCCCAGUUCCCAACAGCCCCCCUGAAAAAGAACAUGAUCACAUCUUCACCACCAGCUUUCCUCUCUCCGUACAGGUCAAAGUGGUGCUGCGAGUCUGCCCCUCUCCCACCGUACCCCCUUCCCAGCCCCAGCCACCCAUUUUUAGAGUGGACCCAGCCAAGAGAAGGGUCACCAUGAUUGAUCCUACCACCACCCACAAUCAACAGCCACACUCCAACUCCAUGCCAACACACGUUGGGGAAGCCAAGGGUCACUCUAAGACAUAUGUCUUUGAUGCAGCCUACCCUCCAGAGUCAACCCAGGUCAGUGGGUACAGGACAGUACAGUACGGUUGGUUUGUUAUCUCUGUCUGAUUACCUGAAAACUGAUUGGACUUCAAAUGCAGUUUCCCAGAUAGCUAUCGCUAUAUCAAGCACUGUUAUCUUAGCCUCUCAGCCUCUUUCCUUUCCCAGCCGUGUGUGUUAGUGUUGUUUGAUGGAUCAGAUACACUCAGCCAUUUUAUUAAUUCAUUCUGCUCAAAUGUAGUUUUAUUUGUGUUUCUUAACAGCGGGAUGAACGCUGAGGUGGAUGGAUGGAUUCACCCUCUUUUCUUUUUUUUUCACCCUCUUUUUCUGUCCCUCCUUUUUCCCUUCUGCUAGGCGGAGGUGUGUGUAGGUAUUCUGCCUGACGUCAUCCGUUCUGUGGUCAAUGGGGCAGACGGAUGUAUUCUGUGUUUUGGACAUGGUGAAGUGGGUAAGUAAUGAAAAAAACAGCAUAGACCAACAUACAUUCAAGCUGGUCCAUGCUGAUCUAUGCUGGUCCAUGCUGGUUUAUGCUGUCAGUGCUGGUCUGAUGCUGGUCAAGUUAGUCUGAGCAGCAUGGUCUAGCUUGUCAAGCUGGUCUGACCAGCAUGGUCUAGCUGGUUAUGCUGGUUGACCAGCAUGGUCUAGCUCAGGGAUGGGCAACUUUGAUUGGGGUAGGGGCCACAAAAACUCUGAACUCCUCAUGAGGGGCUGCAGUGGCUCCCAGGUCUGCGUACCUACACAUGCAGUCAGAGCCGGCCCUAGCCUUUUGAGGGCCCUAAGUGAAAUUUAGUUGUUUGACAUUUUCCUAAGUGACAUUUUGUUUUCUCUCCUCUUUACAGUGGAGAGAAAACACAUUUUGAUUUAGCAAUUUCAUGACUAAUUGCAUGCAAUUCUACUGAUUUUGCCAUAGGGUGGAGAGAAAUGUUUACAAUCUUUAAUACUAUAUCUGAGUGAGAGUGACUAAAAUAAUCAAUGAUUGAUACAAGUUUAGAUAGCUGGCUAGACUAAUUUACCAAUCUUAGAAAUGUUAGCUGACACAGACUAAUUGAGUGACUGUCAGUGACUGACUUAACAAGAUUUUGAAAUUGCACCUUGUGUAUUCUACUAUUCGAACUCUCAAAAAAGAAAUGCGGGCCUACAAAAGUUGCCCAUCCCUGGUCUAGCUGGUCUGACCAGCAUGGUAUAGAUGGCUAUGCUGGUUUACACCUUCGCUGUGUUUUGGACACUGGUGACCAGCCUUUGUGUUUUUGGACAUAUACCAGUUUAUGCUGGUGAUGCUGGUGACCAAGCUGGUCCAUGCUAGUCUAUGCUGGUCCAGCAUGGUCUAGCUGGUCUAGCUGGUCAAGCUGGUCUGACCAUGCCCAUCAUUAUCAUAUUUUCCAGCAUGCUCUAUUGCAUCUAUUUUGUGAAGUGCACCAGUCCCUCCUGCAGCAAAGCACCCCCACAGCAUGAUGCUGCCACCCUCGUGCUUCACGGUUGGGAUGGUGUUCUUCGGCUUGCAAGCCACCGCCUUUUUCCUCCAAACUUAACGAUGGUCAUUAUGGCCAAACAGUUCUAAUUUUGUUUCAUCAGACCAGAGGACAUUUCUCCAAAAAGUAUGAUUUUUGUCCCCAUGCGCAGUUGCAAACCGUAGUCUGGCUUUUUUAUGGCGGUUUUGGAGCAGUGGCUUCUUCCUUGCUGAGCGGCCUUUCAGGUUAUGUCGAUAUAGGACUCGUUUUACUGUGGAUAUAGAGACUUUUGUACCUGUUUCCUCCAGCAUCUUCACAAGGUUAUUUGCUGUUGUUCUGGGAUUGAUUUGCACUUUUCGCACCAAAGUACGUUCAUCUCUAGGAGACAGAACGCGUCUCCUUCCUGAGCGGUAUGACGGCUGCGUGGUCCCAUGGUGUUUAUACUUGCGUAGUAUUGUUUGUACAGAUGAACGCGGUACCUUCAGGCGUUUGGAAAUUGCUCCCAAGGAUGAACCAGACUUGUGGAGGUCUACAAUUUUUUUUCUGAGGUCUUGGCUGAUUUCUUUUGAUUUUCCCAUGAUGUCAAGCAAAGAGGCACUGAGUUUGAAAGUAGCCAUUGAAAUACAUCCACAGGUACACCUUCAAUUGACUCAAAUGAUGUCAAUUAGCCUAUCAGAAGCUUCUAAAGCCAUGACAUCAUUUUCUGGAAUUUUCCAAGCUGUUUAAAGGCACAGUCAAUUUAGUGUUUGUAAACUUCUGAUCCACUGGAAUUGUGAUACAGUGAAUUAUUAGUGAAAUAAUCUGUCUGUAAACAAUUGUUGGAAAAAUAACUUGUGUCAUGCACAAAGUAGAUGUCCUAACCGACUUGCCAAAACUAUAGUUUGUUAACAAGAAAUGUGUGGAGUGGUUGAAAAACGAGUUUUAAUGACUCCAACCUAAGUGUAUGUAAACUUCCGACUUCAACUGUAUGUUGAUUGAUUAAUUAAUCUUAUGCUACACAAAGAUAAAAAAACAUAAAUAAUUGUUCUAAACUAAUCCAAUCUGUUAGUUGCACCCAUUACUGAAAUGGUUGUUCCAGUUUAGAUUGUUUUAGUAGUUUAGGUUAUUUAUUCAUAUUUCUAACCCUGGCAGAUUGUGGGUGAUUAAAAGUUCAAAUAGUUGGAUAUUCCCACUCGGCUGGAUUCUAAUUGGAUUUAAAUAUCACUUUGCAAGCCAGCAUAGGCUGGUCAGCAGCAUAAACGUAGCAAAUGCUGGUCACCAGUAAAGACACAGCUAAGGCUGGUCACCAGCAAAAACACAGCGAAGGCUGGUCAUCAGCAAAACCAGCACUAGCCACCAGCAUACAGUGCGUUCGUAUUCAGUCCCCUUGACUUUUUCCACAUUUUGUUACGCUACAGCCCUAUUCUAAAAUGGAUUACACGUUUUUCCUCAUCAAUCUAAACACAAUACCCCAUAAUGACAAAGCGAAAACAGGUAUUUAGACAUUUGUGCAAAUGUAUAAAAAAAAAAAAUUGAAAUAUCUAAAGUAUUCAGACUCUUUGCUAUGAGACUCGAAAAUGAGCUCUGUUGCAUCCUGUUUCCAUUGAUCAUCCUUGAGAUGUUAGUACAACUUGAUUGGAGUCCACCUGUGGUAAAUUCAAUUGAUUGGACAUGAUUUGGAAAGGCACACACCUGUCUAUAUAAGGUCCCAAAGUUGACAGUGCAUGUCAGAGCAAAAACCAAGCCAUGAGGUCGAAGGAAUUGUCCGUAGAGCUCCGUGACAGGAUUGUGUCGAGGCACAAAUCUGGGGAAGGGUACCAAAAUAUUUCUGCUGCAUUGAAGGUCCCCAAGAACACAGUGGCCUCCAUCAUUCUUAAUUGGAAGAAGUUUGGAACCACCAAGACUCUUCCUAGAGCUGGUCGCCCGGCCAAACUGAGCAAUCGGGGGAGAAGCGCAUUGGUCAGGGAGCUGAACAAGAACCCGAUGGUCACUCUGACAGAGCUCCAGAGUUCCUCUGUGGAAAUGGGAGAACCUUCCAGAAAGACAACCAUCUCUUCACCACUCUACCAAUCAGGCCUUUAUGGUAGAGUGGCCAGACGGAAGCCACUCCUCAGUAAAAGGCACAUGACAUCCCGCUUGGAUUUUGCCAAAAGGCACCUAAAGGACUCUCAGACCAUGAGAAACAAAAUUAUCUAGUCUGAUGAAACCAAGAUUGAACUCUUUGGCCUGAAUGCCAAGCGUCACGUCUGGAGGAUACCUGGCACCAUCCCUACGGUAAAGCAUGGUGGUGGCAGCAUCAUGCUGUGGGGAUGUUUUUCAGCGGCAGGGACUGGGAGAAUAGUCAGGAUCGAGGGAAAGAUGAACGGUGCAAAGUACAGAGAGAUCCUUGAUGAAAACUUGCUCCAGAGCGCUCAGGACCUCAGACUGGGACGAAGCUUCACCUUCCAACAGGACAAUGCACACAGCCAAGACAACGAAGGAGUGGCUUCGGGACAAGUCUCUGAAUAUCCUUGAGUGGCCCAGCCAGAGCCCAGACUUGAACCCGAUCGAACAUCUCUGGAGAGACCUGAAAAUAGCUGUGCAGCAACGCUCCCCAUCUAACCUGACAGAGGUUGAGAGGAUCUGCAGAGAAGAAUGGGAGAAACUCCCCAAAUACAGGUGUGCCAAGCUUGUAGUGUCAUACCCAAGAAGACUCAAGACUGUAAUCAAUGCUAAAGGUGCUUCAAUAAAGUACUGAGUAAAGGGUCUGAAUACUUAUGUAAAUUUAAUAUUUCAGUUUAUUAUUUUUAAUGCAUUUGCUAAAAUGUCUAAAAACCAGUUUUUGUUUUGUCAUUAUGGGGUAUUGUGUGUAGAUUGAUGAAAGGAAAAAAAAAACUAUUUAAUCCAUUUUAGAAUAAGGCUGUAAAGUAACAAAAUGAGGAAAAAGUCAAGGGGUCUGAAUACUUUCCGAAUGCACUGUACAUGUAUGCUGUUGAUCAGGAUGACCAGCCUAUGCUGGUCUAUGCUGUUUUUUUCAUCAGGGUAGUAGCAUUGCUUUAAGUGACCAUGAAGACCAAACCUCAUAAGGAGAGUGGCUAUUAUCUCUUUCAUCAAUGUCUUUUAUACAUCGCUUGUAUCCAUCUAUUUCCUAUGAGCAGUGGCAUGGGAGGUGCUUCAUCCAUCUCUUUCAUCUCUCUUUUCCUUAUGGGGGUGGUGGUGGUGACAUGGAGGUGUUCCAUCCGUCCUCUCCUGUAUUCAUCCCAUCUUCCAUUCUUUUUCCACCUCUUCGAUAAAUAAAAGGAGGAGAUUCAUCCAUAAUACAUCACAAGUGUUUUUAAGCUUCUUCUGCCUUCGUUCUGCCUGCAAAACACGUCAACAUGACGAGGCGAGACGCAAAUAUUUUGUCAGUCAGGAUGAGAAGGCUGAGGGGACUAAAAUCUAAAUGGACUGUAAGAUGCUCACUGCUCCAUUAUUAGGAAAAUGGAAUCCACUUAGCUUUACUAAAGGCUUUUAAUAGACGACUGUCUGUGUGACACAAAUACAUAAAAACCCUUUCUCUCCUGUAAGGGCAGUGUCUCCUUGGAGCUAUACCUUUCUACUACACAUGACGCCACUGGCCGUAAAUCAGAUUGAAUUAGUCGGGCGGUGUAGACGGCGGCAGGUCGGCUGCCAGGGGAUAUCAAUCUCUCUCCCUCCAUAGAAUGACCCUCUGGAAUGAAUAAUGGCAGGCUGGUUUGCCUUUAAUUGGACAAAACCAAUUCUCUUACCCUAAUUCAAUUAGCAUUUGGAUUAGAGUGAGUAAACCUAGGACACAGAUCACUAGAGUUAUGGUACUGUAAUACGGGACAAAAGUACCUCCCGAGCCUCCCUCCCUCUCUCCCUCCCUCUCUCCUCUAUACUGGAUCACUUAGGUGGCUUCUACACAUUCGUAUACUCUAUAAAAAAGGGUUCUGAAAGGGUUCCUUGUGGGGGUCAGGGAAGAACCCUUUUUGGUACUAAGUGGCAUUUAUUUUCAAAGACUGUAAUGGAGGAGGAUAAAAGUGUCUGCUAGUAAGUGGCAGUGGCAUACAAUGUAAAGGCCGUAUGUAAAUCCAAUCCGAUAUUAUAUAUAUAUAUUAUCUUAAAAUAGAGGAAAUAUGUUCUCUAUUAUAAACUGGGUGGUUUGAACACUGAAUGCUGAUUGGCUGAAAGCCCUGGUAUAUCAGAACAUAUACCUUGUGUAUGAGAAUUACAUUGAUAAACAGUUUAUAAUAGCAAUAAGGCACCUCGGGGGAUUGUGGUAUAUGGCCAAUAUACCACGACUAAGGGCUGUAUCCAGGCAUUCCGCAUUGCGUCGUACAUAAGAACAGCCCUUAGCCGUGGUAUAUUGGCCAUAUAACACACCCCCUUGGGGCUUAUUGUUUAAAUAACUUCCAUUUCAGAGGAUGGUAUUUUGACAGUGUUUUGGGUGUGGACAAUUAACACUGCUUUGUUAGAACCUUAAUUUUGGGGGAAAUCUGCCCUUUCCAUCCCCUCUGUCCUCCAAGUUUACAAUGGGGACAUGUACUGACAGUUCCAAUGAGCGUGUUGUGGUUUGUGUAAUUAGAUCAUGUCUGUCUUAACAAGCAGUGUAUUAAACCAACUCAGGCGCCACCCCCCCCCCCCCCCAUCCCCGAGAGCUGUUUACCAAGAUACUCUCUGUCUCUUUUUGUCUCUCUCGCUCUCUCGCUCUUUCUCUCUCUCUCUCUCUCUCUCUCUCUCUCUCUCUCUCUCUCUCUCUCUCUCUCUCUCUCUCUCUCUCUUUCUCAUGCACGCACACACACACACACAAGUUUGCACGCACAUUCGCACACAGACACACACAGACACACACAUACAGACACACAAACAGAGCACCCAAACUGACUGUGUUGUGUGUGCCUUAUUACUGUGGUUAACAGGGAUGUCCCACACCAUGAUGGGUAGCGAUAGCAGCAGCCAGAGUUUAGGGGUCAUCCCGUAUGCCAUCUCCUGGUUCUACAGUCACACAGAGAGGAGGAGAAGGGAGAGGACUGGGGCCAGCCUGGCUGUGUCUGUGUCCGCUAUGGAGGUCUGUGGGGAGGACGAGACCCUCAGGGACUUAUUGUCAGGCAAUCUCCAGGACAGCCCAUCAGCAGACCUUUAUCUUUACGAGGACCCCAUCUAUGGAAUGCAGGUAAAUGAUGAUGCCGGGGCUUAUUGUUGUGGACGGUUCAGAUCAGAUAGAAAUGUGUAACGUUUAUAGAACAGACUUGAAUCUUUGUUCUGCAGAAUAUGGAAUCGUCAGCUCUCUAUUGAACUUCUCUAUGUGCAGCAUUGGUGUAGAAUCUCUGCAUAAGAACAUUUUCUUAAUGAAGCCCCAGGUCUUAAGAACACAGAAAGACACAUGCUACUGUAGUUACACUGUUACUACUACAUAUGUCACUAAGGUGUCAUGUCACACUAAGGGUAUCUUACAGUGCCUUCAGAAAGUAUUCAUACCCCUUGACUUAUUCCACAUUCUGUUGUGUUACAUCCUGAAUUAAAAAUGGAUUCAACAGAUUUUCUUCUCACCCAUCUACACACAGUACCCCAUAAUGACAAAGUGAAAACAUGUUUUUAGAAAUGUUAGCAAAUGUAUUUAAAAUGAAAUACGGAAAUAUCUCAUUUAUAUAAGUAUUCACAACCCUGAGUCAACACAGGUAAGAAUCACUUUUGGCAGCGAUUACAGAUGUGAGUCUUUCUGGGAAAGUCUUUAAGAGCUUUGUACACCUGGAUUGUACAAUAUUUCCACAUUAUUCUUAAAAAGAUUCUUUAAGCUCUGUCAAGUUGGUUGUUGAUUAUUGCUAAACAGGCAUUUUCAAGUCUUGCCAUAGAUUUUCAAGACGAUUUAAGUCAAAACUGUAACUAGGCCACUCAGGAACAUUCAAUGCCGUCUUGGUAAGCAACUCCAAUGUAUAUUUGGCCUUGGGUUUUAGGUUAUUUUCCUGCUAAAAGGUGAAUGUUUCCCAGUGUCUGUUGGAAAGCAGACUGAACCAGGUUUUCCUGUGUUUAGCUCUAUUCUGUUUCUUUUUAUCCAAAAAAAUUCCCUAGUUCUUGCCGGUGACAAGCAUAACCAUAACAUGAUGCAGCCACCACCAUGCUUGAAAAUAUGAAGAGUGUUGGAUUUGCCCCAAAUAUAACGCUUUGUAUUCAGGACAUAAAGUUCAUUUUUUUGCCACAUUUUUUGCAGACAGGAUACAUGUUUUGGAAUAUUUUUUAUUAUCUACAGGCUUCCUUCUUUUCACUCGGUCAUUUAGGUUAGUAUUGUAGAGUAACUACAAUGUUGUUGAUCCAUCCUCAGUUUUCUCCUUUCACAGCCAUUAAACUCUGUAACUGUUUUAAAUUCACCAUUGGUCUCAUGGUGAAAUCCCUGAGUGACUUGUUAAGCAGAUUUUUACUCCUGAACUUAUUUAGACUUGCCAUAACAAAGGGGUUGAAUACUUAUGGACUCAAGCCAUAUCAGCUUAACAUUUUUAAUACAUUAGUAAAAAUUUCGAAAAACAUGAUUUCUUUUUUUAGAAUUCCACUUUAACAUUACAGGGUAUUGUGUGUAGGCAGUGACACAACAUUUUAAUUUAAUCCAUUUUAAAUUCAGGCUGUAACACAACAAAAUGUGGAAAAGGUCAGGGUGUGUAAUACUUUCUGAAGGCACUAUAUAUGAUUACUUUGUUUUGUUUGGUACUACCACAGUCAGGAACUAGAAUACACUAGUUAAUUCCUUAUUCAGAUGCAUUGUCAAAAGAACUACAGUGAGGGAAAAAAGUAUUUGAUCCCCUGCUGAUUUUGUAUGUUUGCCCACUGACAAAGACAUGAUCAGUCUGUAAUUUUAAUGGUAGGUUUAUUUGAACAGUGAGAGACAGAAUAACAACAACAAAAUCCAGAAAAACGCAUGUCAAAAAUGUUAUAAAUUGAUUUGCAUUUUAAUGAGGGAAAUAAGAAUUUGACCCCUCUGCAAAACAUGACUUAGUACUUGGUGGCAAAACCCUUGUUGGCAAUCACAGAGGUCAGACGUUUCUUGUAGUUGGCCACCAGGUUUGCACACAUCUCAGGAGGAAUUUUGUCCAACUCCUCUUUGCAGAUCUUCUCCAAGUCAUUAAGGUUUCGAGCCUGACAUUUGCCAACUCGAACCUUCAGCUCCCUCCACAGAUUUUCUAUGGGAUUAAGGUCUGGAGACUGGCUAGGCCACUCCAGGACAUUAAUGUGCUUCUUCUUGAGCCACUCCUUUGUUGCCUUGGCCGUGUGUUUUGGGUCAUUGUCAUGCUGGAAUACCCAUCCACGACCCAUUUUCAAUGCCCUGGCUGAGGGAAGGAGGUUCUCACCCAAGAUUUGACGGUACAUGGCCCCGUCCAUCAUCCCUUUGAUGCUGUGAAGUUGUCCUGUCCCCUUAGCAGAAAAACACCCCCAAAGCAUAAUGUUUCCACCUCCACGUUUGAAGGUGGGGAUGGUGUUCUUGGGGUCAUAGGCAUCAUUCCUCCUCCUCCAAAUACGGCGAGUUGAGUUGAUGGCAAAGAGCUCGAUUUUGGUCUCAUCUGACCACAACACUUUCACCCAGUUCUCCUCUGAAUCAUUCAGAUGUUCAUUGGCAAACUUAAGACGGGCCUGUAUAUGUGCUUUCUUGAGCAGGGGGACCUUGCGGGCGCUGCAGGAUUUCAGUCCUUCACGGCAUGGUGUGUUACCAAUUGUUUUCUUGGUGACUAUGGUCCCAGCUGCCUUUGAGAUCAUUGACAAGAUCCUCCCUUGUAGUUCUGGGCUGAUUCCUCACCGUUCUCAUGAUCAUUGCAUCUCCACGAGGUGAGAUCUUGCAUGGAGCCCCAGGCCGAGGGAGAUUGACAGUUCUUUUGUGUUUCUUCCAUUUGCGAAUAAUCUCACCAACUGUUGUCACCUUCUCACCAAGCUGCUUGGCGAUGGUCUUGUAGCCCAUUCCAGCCUUGUGUAGGUCUACAAUCUUGUCCCUGACAUCCUUGGAGAGCUCUUUGGUCUUGGCCAUGGUGGAGAGUUUGGAAUCUGAUUGAUUGAUUGCUUCUGUGGACAGGUGUCUUUUAUACAGGUAACAAGCUGAGAUUUGGAGCACUCCCUUUAAGAGUGUGCUCCUAAUCUCAGCUCGUUACCUGUAUAAAAGACACCUGGGAGCCAGAAAUCUUUCUGAUUGAGAGGGGGUCAAAUACUUAUUUCCCUCAUUAAAAUGCAAAUCAAUUUAUAACAUUUUUGACAUGCACGUUGGCAUUGUCACAUUGAACAACAUGUAAUAUUGUAUUCAUGCCUUGCUGUGCCGGUGUCUUUCCCCAUCUGUGCCCUUGUACCGCUAUUCUCCUUUCUCCCUCUCUAUGUUCUGUCAUGAAAAUCAACACAAAAAAAUGUAAAAAAAUAAAGUAAAACAUGCUGUCUUCCUCUCUUCCAGCUUCGGCACCACAGUGUGGUAUCUGCCCCCAACGCCGAGAGAGCUGCCUUCCUCCUGGAUGCAGCCAUCGCAUCACGUCACCGUGCCGAUGGCCCGACGAGUGGAACUCGCAGUGACAUCACCACACCAUCGUCCUCCUCCCAUAUGUUCUUUACUCUGCACGUCCAACAGCAGCUCUCAGAGGGCAGUGGCAAAGGUUGCUAUUUCUGUACAUUGUAGAAAAGAUAACUCUGGCAUGCUAUUCCCUAUAAAGAUCAGAUAGAAAUAUCUAUGGGCCCUAUAUCUAUAGUGCACUACAGUAUGUAGGAAAUAAGGUUAUUACCUAUGCACAUUGCUUAUUGUGUCAACGUUUCGGUCAUAGUACUUCUUCAAGAAAGUGACAGUAAAAAUGUCUGUACACUCUGUAUUUUUAUCGUAUUCUUUUUUUUACAUUAUUGGUCAGUGACCUGUACGUAGCUUGCACUGUGUCACCCUACGGACUCGUGAGUAAGCUAUCAAGCUAAUACGCAUCUGGAGAUGUAAUUUGCAUACGGCUGACUGAAUAAACUGUACCGCAUUUGUUUUCUAAGAAUGCUUGGAAUACCUUGUUUAUUUUUAUUAUUUUCUUUGUUCUAUUCUCAACUACUCUCUCUGGUGAUCUCAGUUCCCCCCUCUCCUCUCCUCUCCUCUCCUCUCCUCUCCUCUCCUCCUCCUCUCCUCUCCUCUCCCUCUCCUCUCCUCUCCUCUCCUCUCCUCUCCUCUCCUCUCCUCUUCCCUUCUCUUCUCUUCUCUCCUCUCAGUACCAGGGGGUCAUAGCAGGUUGAUUAUGAUAGACCUGGCUAACAGUAUAAAAGGGACCAGUAGAACCAGUGACAGCAGAACUGGACGUCCUGAGUCUGAACUGGGCAGUGUUAUACUGGCCCUACUCAACAAUGGAAACAAAAACAUCCCCAACAGGUUAGAUACUGGAGACUCUCAAUUGCAUUUGAUUGCAUUGCAAUGGAACAAAAGGAAACAAUUGAUUCAAGCAGUAGAUCAUGACAUUUAGUCCUUAAUACUGGUAUGUAAUAGAAUUGUACAGUAUGUGUUAUGUACAAUGUAUGAUGGUGAUGGUGAUGGUUGUAUGUUGUGCUCACCACAGAGACAGUAAAGUGACCAUGCUGCUACAGGAGUCUCUGGGUAAUAUUAACUGUCAUACUACCGUGCUGGCCCAUGUGACUGACUCACCAGAACACUUCUCAGAGACACUCUCCACUGUCCAAAUUGCCUCGCGCAUCCGCAGGACACAGAAGAAAGCAAAAGUAUGUCAACUACUGAAUAAUAGAUUACUUACCAUUAAAUUGUUGGUGCCAAGAAUGAUGUCAAAAGUAUUAUUCAAUUAACCUUGGGUGGCCUAACUGUUAGUAAACAAUUUAAGCAGUUUAGCAGCAUUAUUUUCUGUGACAAGGCAAACAAUUAUCACUCAAUCUCUCCUCUCUCUCUCUCUCUCUCUCUCUCUCUCUCUCUCUCUCUCUCUCCUCGAUCUCUCUCUCUCUCCUCCUCUCUCUAUCUCUCUCUCUCUCUCUCUCUCUCUCUCUCUCUCUCUCUCUCUCUCCUCUCUCAUCUCGUCUCUCUCCCUCUCUCUCUCUCUCUCUCUCAGUUCUCCUACCUCUCUCUCUUCGUCUCCCUCCAUCUCUCUCCUCAUCCUCCUCCCUCUCCUCUCUCUCUCUCUCUCCUCUUCAGCAUUCAACAUCCUGCUCUCCCAGUGUAGAAGCCUGAGUAGAGAGAGGAGUGGAGGAGUCGCCCUUCUCUCUCAGAGCGUUCCACUCCCUGCGUCUCUACCAGUGACCUGCCCACCGCCACGGUACCUGCUGGAUGACCACUCAGCGCGACCAGUCCUGUGCACCCCGAUGGCUCGGUCCAGCAGCCCAGUGCGGAGCUGACCCAUCAGGGCCAGGGCCAGCCGGAGUUUACCCCCAUCAUCCACUCUCUACAACAGAAUAAGGCUGAAGCGGAAUCGGAGGACGCCGAGCUUUCUGCUCUAAAGCAAGAGCUAUUGCAGCACCUUCUAAACAUCGUGCCCAGACUGCAGGGAGAGAGGAAGAAGAAUGAGAGCAUCAUCCAAGAACAACUUCCUCAGAAUACAGCAGAAGUGGGCCAAUGUGAGAGGUACUUAAAUCUUAAGUGUGACACGUUUGCAGAGCUGCAGGAGCGACUCGGGUGCAUCGACGGCAGUGAGACAGUUACCAAGUCAUCCUUAAAAGAACCUUCUGCCAUGACCGAGUCCCCUCCAGUCCCCCAAGAUGGCUCAGGCAGAACUGAGACUGAGGAAAAUACCUCCUUCUUGAAACCACUGAAUAUGAAGGUGAAGUAUAGUGAGCUUUCCAUUGUGGGUGAGAAAGAGAGCCUGGUGACAGAUGGCAGUUUUCCGGUCGACAGUUUUCAGAGAGAGGACUCUGGUCUGUAUGACUGUGAGGAGGGAAGUGCAGCCAGCUCCAACGAGGACCAACCAAACCCCUGUGGCUUUAUCAGUUUACAUCCAGCCUGCCAGAACCAAGGCAACCCCCCUGAGUACAGCUUUCUGCCGCAGCACAGUGAAAUCUACACUCAGAACAGCCCUGUGCCAAGCUCUCAUUCUCCUCUUCCUCUGUCUCUUCUUCCCCUGUCUCUGGAGCCAGCUGGAUACCCAGGGAGGCCUGGCUUGCUGCAACACCAGACCAGGACCCCUCCGGCGGGCAAGAGCUCUCCGCUAUCCCCUUCUCUCUCUCCAUCCUCCUCGUCCUCCACCACCUCCUCCUUGGCUACCAGUGUUCUCCUAGGAGAGAGGAUCCUUCCUCAGCUUUCCCAGCUGCCUACUAGAGAGUCGGACCUGAAGGAAAUGAAGGCCACCAUCACGGUGAUGGUCCAGCAGCCAUUGGACCAGACGGGUCAGGACGAGCUGGUGUUCACCAUGGUGGAGGAGGUGACCAUCAGUGGGGCACUGGAGAGAGGAGGCCAGGCGGGGAAUAUCAUCAGGAUCAGGGAUGCCCACUCCUCCUCUGGCCAGGCUUCUUCAGGGUCUGGACUGGGUUCCCUUCCCAUCAGGAUUAUCAGUAACGUUAGUGAAGAUUCUACUACUACUAAUACAGGCUCCACUAUCAAGGCCAUGGACCCUGCUAAUACCACUAAGACCAUGGCUGUGGAAGUCAACACCAAACCCAAGGCCAUGUCUUCUCUCUCCAGGGUGGAGAACCGGGUCUUGCCCUCCUUUAUAAACCCCUCGCUCGCUGACCUCAGUAGGAGGAGUAGUGAUGUGGAAGGGUCUCGUCAUCUCCGAGGGGUUUCUAACACCCGUUUCAUGCGAGUGGAUGCUUAUGCUGAACCCAAGAAGAAAGAUAAUCUAAAAGGUUCAGGAAAUAAAACGGCGAUGGAGACAGAAGGUGCGUUCUUUAUUACUGAGAGGAAUCACGUGAGGAAUACCAACGAGAGCAUUUUGAUGCCUUUCCCAGGUCAAACUAAUAGUAUUGCAUCAUGUGACACACAUGCCUGGGAGGAGGCCGGUUGCUAUGAGAUGAUGUCAUCAGGGAAUAGGGCCAGUGGGAGGAGUGGCAACCAAGCAGAAAGGAGCUAUCCCAGAGGAGGGGAGUUUACCACCUGUUCCCUCACCUGUUAUGACCGGGUCUUACCUGUUCCAUCUUCCCUAAUUACUCCAAAGACACCAGGAGACAGUAGUGAAAGGAGCAGGAAUACACCAGAGAACUGUAUCCCUGGUUACCCUGCAGCUACCCACCACAGAACAGCCAGUCUACCAAGAGGCUGGUAUAAUAUCAACAAGCAGGAGAGCUAUGUAAUGAGCGAGGAGUAUAAAGAUAAAGCCCCAGACUUUAAAUCAUCCACCCCUGGUAGUCCCUGGGUGACCCUGGAGAGGAGGCCAUCCUCAGCCAGGCAGGGGAUCUUCUCCUGGGCCAGGGAGAGCCUCCCUCUCCCAUUCUCACCAGCUCGGAAGUACAGCCUGGAGCAGCAGCAGAGACAGAGAACUAGUAACAGUCCUCUCAGCACAGCCAGUAGUUCACCGUUGGAGCCCAUGCCAUCCACUCGGAGUGUUAGACAUGAUAGCGGUAAGAUGGAAUCCCCCAUAGAGGAAAGCAGUAGGCUUUUCAGUGCUAAACUAGAGCAGUUGGCUAGCAGACCAACUCUUUAGGUAGAAUACCGCUGGAGUUCCACACUCUGGACCGAGGCAGUAGCCUGUCCUCUGUGAGCUCCAUGGGGAGCUCCAAGGGGAGUUGGGAAGGGGAGUCCAGCCACCCCACCCUACCCCGGGCCAGCAGGAGCCCCAGAAGGGCCCCUAGGUCCAUCCCCUUGACUGACAAGAACACCCCCAACACACCCCAUUCUCCCAAAACCAGCAGGUCAACCUUUAUAACUGAGCCCAACACCCCCACCUCCACAGCCCUCCAGUCUCCUAGAACCAGCCGAUCUAAGCUCUCCGCGGUGGGGAAACUGAUGAUGACCAGCCCUAAGGUCCGCCGGAUAUCCAUCCCCAGGACCAAGAACCUCAGCUUCUCUCCCAAGGAACUCCAUCAGUCCAUCAACAGGAGUGCCAGUCUGUCCCCUGAUGGGAGGAGCCCUGAGCAUGGUCCACUCUGGUCCACCCAGUCUCUAAGCCGAAACCAGACCCCCUCGCCCCAGACCCUACCACCACGCCUCGUAGCAAAGUCCCCCGUCCGGGUCAUCAACGGGCGCAUCUCAGAGCUCCUCCAGAUCGGCAGAGAGCCCUACCCCUCUGGCGGGGCCUCCGGAGGACUAGUUCUAGACAAGAUGGCGGCAGCGGCUGGAGCUACCUGUAGAUCCAUGGGAGAGGCUCACCCUGUUCACCCUGUACCCUCGCCCUAUGCCAGGGUGACAGCACCUCGCAGGCCCAACCACCUCAGCGGGCACGCCAGUGAUGUCACUAGCGUGUUGAGCGGGGAGCUGCCCCCGGCCAUGGGUAAGACAGCGUUAUUGACCAAUAGGAACAGCCUGGUGAGCAGUGGAUAUGAGAGCAUGGUUAGGGAUAGCGAAGCCACAGGGAGCAGCACCUCCAACAGAGACUCUAUCAGCGAUAAGAGCUGUUCUAUGAUCAGUGUGACCCGCAGUGAGAGGAACCCCAAAAGGAGGAGCAGCAACGGUAAGAUCUGA